AUGAGGUCACUGCUAUUUUCGAUUGCCUUACUUUUAACCAUAAUAUUCUUAUUCAAACAUUGUUCAUCCCAAAUUGAACCCGGUGACAAUAAAAUCUUCCUAGAUGGCCAUAACGCUGCUCGCCGCGAUGUUGGGGUAGAUCCAUAUACAUGGGACAAAAAGCUUGAAGCCUAUGCUCAAGACUUUGCUAACAAGAGGAAACCUAGUUGUUCAACAGACUUGGGUUCAAAGAUUCCAUAUGGUAUAAACCUUGGUAUAGGCUAUGGUUUCUUGAGUAGUGGGCAAACGAUUAAUAGCUGGAUUGGUCAAAAGUCUGAUUAUAACUACACAACAAAUUCUUGUGUCAAAGGUAAAGAUUGUUCGGCUUAUACACAAGUUGUUUGGCGUAAAUCGGUUCGCCUCGGGUGUGCUAGUGUUGCUUGUGGUUUAUGGCCUUUAUUUGUAUGUGUCUAUGAUCCUGCAGGAAACAUCCCAGGAGAAAAACCUUAUUAA